AUGCGGCAGCCCGUAAGCCUAGCCAUAGCCAAAGCCUUUCAUCAGGCCAAGUCGCGGUCACUGCCGGUGAUCGAUGCGGGACGCAACGAACAGGCCUCGCCGGUGGUGCUUCCAUACACCUCGCCGACGUCUGGCCUUCUAUCCAAGAUCCCGCGAUCGUGGGUGCCGUACGCAGAGCUCGUGCGGCUUGACAAGCCGGCGGGCACCUAUUAUCUCUUCUUCCCGUGUCUCUUCUCAACGCUGAUGGCGGCGCCAAUGCUCUCACCCGCGGCGUCCCUGGGGUCUGUAACUAGCUUCUCCCUGCUGUUCCUGGCCGGUGCCGUCAUCAUGCGUGGAGCUGGAUGCACCAUCAACGAUCUCUGGGACAGGAACCUCGACCCUCACGUCCACAGAACGCGACUACGGCCAAUCGCCCGUGGCGCCGUCACACCAUUCAAAGGUGUCGUCUUUACCGGUUUUCAGCUCCUCGCAGGGCUAGCGGUGUUGGUUCAGUUUCCCCUCCCGUGCAUUCUAUACGGCACUUUGAGCUUGCCUCUGGUCGCAUCCUACCCCCUGGCCAAGAGGGUAACAUACUAUCCCCAGGUCGUCUUGGGGCUGACGUUCUCCUGGGGAGCCAUCAUGGGAUUCCCUGCUCUCGGCUUGGACCUAUUGUCAAACUCGGCCGUUUUGACAGCCGCUGGGUUUCUAUACGCAUCCAACGUCGCCUGGACGGUCCUCUAUGACAUGAUUUAUGCUCAUAUGGACAUCAAGGACGAUGCGAAGGCCGGGAUCAAGAGCAUUGCUCUCAAGCAUGAUGCCGACACCAAGAAGGUGCUGACGGGUUUGGCCGUCACGCAGGUGGCUCUGCUGGCGGCGGCGGGGGUGGCUUCAGGUGCAGGACCAGCGUUCUUUGUCGGCAGUUGCGGCGGGGCCUUGAUCAGCCUGGGCGUCAUGAUCAAACGUGUCAACCUCAAGAGCGUCCAGGACUGCUGGUGGUGGUUCAGAAAUGGUUGCUGGAUCACCGGCGGUACCAUUAGCGCGGGACUGGCUGCCGACUAUCUGAUACGCAAGGCAGAGGAGGAUGCCGCCGCCGCAAUGGAAGCUGGCCAGUGA